AUGGCGUAUUUUGGAAAACGUCAAGAGUUGAAGCGCAACUUUGGCUUUUUGUCGAUCGCGGGGUUUGUCUGUAGUCUGCUUUCAACAUGGGAAGGAAUGUUUGCCGUCUUCCUGUACGGGUUUCAAAAUGGAGGACCGGCAGGCUUAGUUUACGGUUAUAUCUUUUGCUUCUUUGGUACAUUAUGUACCGUCGCAAGUUUGGCAGAGAUGUCCUCGAUGAUGCCAUUGAGUGGCGGCCAAUAUCACUGGGUUUCGAUUCUUGCACCUAAAUCCCACGCGAAAUUCCUAUCAUACAUGACAGGCUGGCUUACAGUUAUUGGCUGGCAAGCAGGUCAAGCAAGUAUGGCUUUCCUCUGCGCAACAUUGAUCCAGGCUUUAGUGAUAUUGAAUCAUCCAACUUACGUUCCUGAAAGAUGGCAAGCGACUCUGAUAUUCUAUGCUGUUCUAGCUUUGGUUCUGUUCGUCAAUACGUGUUUGGCUCGUUGGUUGCCAAAGAUUGAAGGAUUUGUUCUUUGCAUCCAUAUUCUUGGAUUUUUCGGUAUCCUUAUUCCUCUAGUCUACCUUGCACCCCAUGGAAAACCAAGCGACGUUUUUGCUACAUUUAUCAAUGGUGGGGGGUGGUCGUCAAAUGGAACUUCUUUCUUCAUUGGUUUGAUUACUUCCGUUUUCUCGUUCCUCGGAGGCGAUUCUGCUUGCCAUAUGAGUGAGGAAGUCCACAAUGCCUCUACAAUUAUACCCUGGGCGAUGAUCAGUAGCAUUGUCUUGAAUGGCGUUCUGGGUUUCGCACUGCUUAUAGCUCUUCUCUUCUGUCUAGGAGAUAUCGAUGUUGCUCUGACCUCCGCUACUGGCUUUCCAUUCAUCGAAAUAUUCAGGGGAGCUACUAAUAGUAACGCCGCUGCCACUGGUAUGACAUUGAUCAUCUUAUUCAUCCUUCUCGCCGCGGCAAUUGGUAUCAUGGCGACUGCUUCCCGUUUAUUAUGGUCUUUCGCAAGAGACAAUGGAGUGCCAGGUAGCGCGUAUAUAUCUCGUGUUCAUGAACCAACAGCAUUACCUAUAUAUUCUAUUCUUGUCAGUGCAGUGAUUUCACUCCUGUUGGCACUUAUCAAUAUUGGCAGUACUGCAGCAUUCAACUCAAUUGUCUCUGUUAACGUGGCGGCAUUUUUUACCAGCUAUAUGAUCCCAAUCAUCUUGAUUCUCAAGAAACGCCUUCGAAAAGACCCAAUCAAAGACAAGAUACAUUGGGGACCAUGGAAAUUGGGUCCAAUUCUUGGUCCAGUUGCCAACAUCGCUGGGCUGAUUUAUUCGAUUAUCACCAUGUUUUUCAGCUUCUGGCCUAAUACCCAAGUCGUUACUCCGGUUACCAUGAAUUGGUCUUGCGUUAUUUUUGUUGCUGCUAUCCUUUAUAGCUUGGUUUUUUACAUGAUUUGGGGUAAGCAUGCUUACAAGUGGCCAAUUGUUGGUCCUAUCAGAAGAAGGCAGUGA